AUAUGUGCCCGGUCGGAUAUUACGAUGUAGACUGCCUCAGUAAGUGUCGAUGUCCCAACGAUACAGCGUGUGACAAGGACAAUGGAAAAUGCGUGUGUGCUCCAGAUGAUGUUAGUUGCUUAUCAUCACCUGCUAAUGAAACACAGUUCAACAUUGUCCUCCUAGCGGCCAUUGGUGGUGGUGCUGUUGCCGUCACAGUAAGCUUGUGCGUGGCCCUUGUCGUUUGUUGGUGCGCUAGAACACGACGCCCUUCCAGACGACCGGAUCAACCUGAUGACGGGGAAAACUAUGACGCACCACAAGAACACGAUGAUGUCCAAGCAACGGGUCCUCCGGGUGGGAAGUAUUCCUUGGCGGUCGGAGGCCAGGGCUGGCAAUUGCCAAGGCCCACUCAGGCACACCCUGAACCCGCAGCACAGAUUUACGAAAAUGAGGACGGCGAUAACCAUUCAGCCGAAUACACGAAUGUUAACCCCGGUAGAGGGCGCGUUUCUUACACGAACAACAUUGAGAUGGAGAAUUAUGAACCAGUAGGCCAAUAGGUCCGCCAAAGCCCGGAUGCCAUUUUAAUACAACAAAGUAGGCGCCGGUUCAUGUAUGAUGUAUUAUGCAAAUAUGGCAGUAUAUGACACACCACACGAUUGAUCAAAUCAUUCGGGGUGAGGUUCGAAACGUUGGAACGCUGAAGACUUAUAAUUAUUUGCUUAAUACAGUGAUUCGGGGCAGGUGUUUGAAGCUGCAGAUACACUGCAAAAACUGUAGUGUUAAUUUAACACCAUUCGGUAUCUAUAUAGGACAACACCAGUAAAAUUU